AUGUCUGAAAAUAAUUCAGAAAACCAACGAAAUCAGCAACGGGAUCUAAAUGUUAUACCACCAACAAUUGUUACAACAAAUACAGAUGGUAUUGGUGGAUUUAUAGUCUCUUCUCCAACUUCAACUAACGAUAAUGAUACACUUCCUUCUCCACCUUCGGUAAUUUCGUCUCCUCCGUUGGCAUUAAAAAUUGAAAUAGAACCAUAUAGAAUACAAGAGCCACCUGUAAAUCAUAUUCAUGAAAUGAGAAAUCACAAUAAUAAUUCACAAAAUGCGACAAUAACAACAUUGCCAUCAAUGCCGUCAUCCUCCAUGGAUAAUUUUGAAUCACCUCCUCCAUACGAAGCUACUUUAAACACUCAAUCACAUAGCAAUCAAAAUCAAUCAACUGAAGAGCAAAUGCACAAUGCAGAAAUUCAAUUGCCACAACCAGCAUAA